AUGACCGGGGUCCUGUGUACCAAGUACACGACCCUGGCUCCUGAGAAGCAGCAGGAAAAUGCCACCUGGCUGGUGACACAGUUCGUGUUGGUAGGUUUUUCUAACCUCCCAGACCUGAGGACCCCUCUCUUUGCACUGUUCUUCUUCAUAUACGUGGUCACCCUCAGUGGCAAUGUUACCAUCAUCACCAUCAUCCAUGUGGAUCGGACCCUUCAUACUCCUAUGUACUGCUUCCUGGCCCUCCUGUCACUCUCUGAGACCUGCUACACACUGGUCACCAUUCCCAACAUGCUGGCUCAUCUGCUCAUGGAGAACCAGGCUAUCUCCAUCCCUGGCUGUAGGGCUCAGAUGUUCUUCUUCCUGGGCUUGGGAUGCAGCCACUGCUUUCUCCUUACCCUGAUGGGUUAUGACCGCUAUGUAGCCAUCUGCCAUCCCCUGCGCUAUUCAGUAAUAAUGAGACCCACAGUUUGCCUCUGCCUGGGAAUACUGGUUUUUUGCUCAGGGUUCUCGGUGGCCUUGAUCGAGACCAGCCUGAUCUUCUCCUCACCCUUCUGCCGCAGCGACCGUGUGGAACACUUCUUCUGUGACAUUGCCCCGGUCCUGAAGCUCAGCUGCGCUGAGAGUGCCAGCAAAGCGCUGGCCAUCUUCUUCCUGAGUAUCCUUGUGGUGUUGGUCUCUUUCCUCCUCAUCUUCCUCUCCUAUGCCUUCAUUGUGGCCACCAUUGUGAGGAUCCCGUCGGCAGUAGGACGGCACAAGGCCUUCUCCACCUGCGCCGCCCACCUCACGGUGGUCAUUGUGCAUUUUGGCUGCGCCUCCAUCAUCUACCUGCGGCCUGAGUCCAGGGGAAACCCGGACCAGGACCGCCUGGUGGCUGUGUUCUACACCGUAGUGACGCCGCUGCUGAACCCGGUGGUGUAUACUCUGCGCAAUAAGGAGGUGAGGGUGGCCCUGAGGAGGACCCUGGGGGCGAAGCCUUGGAAUUUUAAAAUAACACUUGCUCAGCGUUCCCGCUUCAGCUUUUCCUGA